CUUCUUAAUAAAAAGCCUACUUCACUGACAUAUCUCCUUCAUAAGAAGAACACGUCUAUGUCUCUCUGUCCGUCUCUCUUCCCCCCCUCUCUCUCUCUCUCACACACAAACACACACAGUUCAUCAUCAACACACCAGUAUUCUCCAACAGCUUGAUUAUUUUCUGAGCAAUCAAAGUCACAACCAUGGCUGAAAAGGUUUGUGAAUCUUGUUACAACAAUGAUACUACAUGUCGGUCUUCAGUGCUCUUGCUGCUGCAACAAGAUCAAGAAAAUACUGUGUAAAUUUCCUCAAAUUCGAGACCAGGUGUAUGAUAAAAAGCAAAAUACGGUGACGAUCACCGUAAUAUGCUGCAGCCCCGAGAAAAUUCGUGACAAGUUGUGCUGCAAGGGAGGGAAGUCAAUCAAGAGUAUUGAGAUCAAAGAGCCCGAGAAAAAGAAAGACAAUGACAAGGACAACAAGCCCAAGACAAAUGGCAAACUUGCAGACGACGGUCCCCCAAAACAAGAUUCUAAGCAACCACCACCGCCACUGCCACCGCCACCGCCACCUGAUCCAGUGAAUAUAAAUAUCCUGACCCAGGUGUGUUGUGGGCCAUGUUCUGAAGGCAUUCCCGGGGGGCCAUGUUAUCAUGGGUUUGGAAGGACACCACCGUCACUGCCACCACCACCGUCACCGCCACCUGAUCCAGUGAAUACAUAUAUCCCGAUUCAGGUGUGUUGUGGGCCAUGUUCUGAAGGCAUUCCCGGGGGGCCAUGUUAUCAUGGGUUUGGAAGGACACCACCGCCACCGCCACCUGAUCCAGUGAAUACAUAUAUCCCGACUCAGGAAUGUUGUGGGCCAUGUUCUGAAGGCAUUCCUGGGGGGCCAUGUUAUCAUGGGUUUGGAAGGACACCACCACCACCACCAUGUUAUUAUCCCCCAAGAAAACCAUGCUCUUGCUAUGGAAGACCAUGUUACAUGACUGAUUGUGAUUGCUACACAGUAGGUAAUCCAGCAGAAUGCACAAUCAUGUGACCAUGGUGCACUGGGUGGUCACUGUAGUUGGGGUCCUGACCACGCUCAUUAAAUGUCCAAAUUUUUUUUUGUGGCA